AAUGGACACUAACCGAUGGGGACUUGUGUCACCUCGGGGACAAAAAUUGAGGUCCCCACAGUGACUGUGGACAUCAUGGUAUGGGAGGUGGUGACCCCAGCUGUGCCGUCCAGCGACCCCAUACACCAGAACGUGCGAGAUUCAGAGGCUCAGGGUGAAAACACAGGAGUGAGGAUGGAUGCAGAUGGAGACCAAUCACACGGCCUGCUCUGCUGCGAGGAACGCCUCCCCUCCUCGCCUGGCUUCCCCACCAGCGACAGUUACAUGGAAUAUGAUGACCUUCCAGACCUGCAGGAAGUUCAGGAGGAGGCAGAGCCAACAGCACCACCUGUCUACCAGGUGGAUGUGGGCGUGUCCCACCAAGAGCGGCACACGCACACACAGCCCCCUGACACACACUGGCUGACGCAGCUAGCGCACAUCGCCACCGGACCUCAGAGUCCACUGCUCCAGGAGCCCUCUCACAGCAGCUCCUCUUCGGUCUGCCUCUCCAGCGCCAGCAGUAAUCUACAUUCCUACGCUCGGCUUCCUCCUCCUCCUCUCUCCAGCAGCACCUUGUCGCCCCCCAGAGGUCAUGGCCGGGAGUGUCGGCGCAGCAGGAAGAGCAGCGAAUGUGGCUCUGCAGUGUCGACCAGAUCCUCUCUGUCCGAUGAUGAAGACAUGGGCUGGAGCGUCUCCUGGCCACCCACCGCCUGGCACUGUUUUCUCAAAGGCACUCAUCUGCGUUUCCACAGUGGCUCUAAUGUGGAAUGGCAGGACGUGGAGGACCUGGACUCUGCUGAGGAAGACUCUGGUGAUGUAAUGAGUUAUGGCUCUGAGGGUCUGCAGCUGGUGGAGCAUUCAGAGAUCGUGCUGUCUGGCCACGCUGUCCUACAGCUGACCUUCGACCCCGGGGCAUUCGGACAUGCCCCCAUGACCGCCCGGUGCCAACUUGAUCACCCCUUCUACGUCAAAAACAAAGGGUGGUCGUCAUUUUAUCCGAGCUUGACCGUGGUGCAUCAUGGGAUACCGUGCUAUGAAAUGGAGGUAGGAGGUGUGUGCCUUCCUCCAGGGCACAGAGAUGCCAAACACACCGACGACUCACUGGUCUUUGACACAUUCAGGAGUUACGAUUUCACUCCUCUGGACUCCUCUGCGGUUUACGUGUUGAGCAGUAUGGCCAGACAGCGACGUGCCUCCAGGUCCAGCGGGGAAGCAGUUUCUCCAGACAGAGACACAUUACAAGACGACCACAGUCCAGGCCCCUCCCACUCUCCUCGCCAAAAGCCAACCAAAAGCCAGCAUGCCAGCACAGCAGGAAGCAGCAACGCCACGCCAAUCAAGUGCAAGCGGCCAAUGAACGCCUUCAUGCUGUUCGCCAAGAAGUUCAGGGUGGAGUACACACAGAUGUACCCAGGCAAGGACAACAGAGCGAUCAGCGUCCUCCUUGGUGAGCGGUGGAAGAAAAUGCGAAGUGAGGAGCGGCGGGUGUUCACGGUACAGGCCAAAGCCCUCGCAGACGAACAGAAAAGACUCAACCCAGACUGCUGGAAACGCAAACGGGCCAACUCUGGUUGUCAGGGAAAUUAGGGCUGCAGACAAGAAGAGGGAACAAUGAGCACAGCCUGUCGGAGUACACACAGGGUUAUGGAGUUAUGAUGUGUAACCUAAUAAUAUGCUUCAUUAUAUUUUGUUAACAAAAUAGCAGCAGCGUCUACUUUUUGUAUACAGUUUGAGCUGCUUUAAAACAAGUCACUUCCCUUUCUCUCGCUUAUGGAAGGGGCUGGAUGUAACAUUUUAAAGUGGUAUAAAUCACUACCUGUUAAUAGAACACCACAUUUUAACGCUACAGAGCACCGCCACGUCUCCCUCCUGAGAGGACGCUCUUUCCAAACUAAAUUAUAAAGCAGAUCAGCUGGGUUUUAUCUAUGACUGGAGUUCAUCUUCAUGACUGAUUUUACAGGAAUAUGACAAAACAAAAAGAGAGAGAGCAAGAUUCAGAUUAUUUUCAGUUUCUCUUCAUAUGCUUGAAACAGGUGGAAGUUGUGGUGCUGUAGCAUUUUAGGUAGAGAAUGUAGCUAUUUUCCCAAAGUGAUAUAUGUAAAGAUAUAUACAAAGUAUUUUCUUGCCUGUAUUACUUGCAUUUGCACAAGACUAUAUAUUUUAACUUUGCUUUUGUGUCAUUUAUCAUGUAAUAAUUAGUUACUAAACAAAUGUAGACCAUAAAUUCACAAGUAGUGGCCCGGAGGUUUUAUUUACCUCAACUUUUUAACCAAAUUUUUUUAGUGAGAGGCCUUUAUAUCUAAACAUUCAAAGCAUUUCCAGCAGUUCAGGAGACACACUCCCUUCAAUUCACUCUGGAUAGCUUUUAUUUUGAGUGAGCUAAGUGAUGAGUUUCCCGACAGUUGCUUGAGGAAGCACAAUGAAAUACACAUUGUGCUGAUGGAAUUAAUGCUGUGGUUUUAUUAAGCUAAAUUUUCUGACAGCCAUUGUAGUAAUAGCAUUUUUCCUUGGUCUUUUGUUUUUUUUUUUGCUUUCAUUUGAGAUUUACUGUGAUUAAUACAUAUUUCACAAAGGAUAUAAAAUUGCGUGGCGUAUGUUACAGAAGACUGACACAAGGACUUGAUUUGGAUUUGUCUGCCAUCAUCUACACUGCUGAAGUGUUCUUUAGCAAGACACUGGAUCCCCAGUAGUUGUAGGGGGCAACUGAAAAGACUCAUAGAAGGAAUUCAUAUGUAUUUGCUUUUGAUUCUAACAUUUUAAUGUGCCAUAAUAGGAUUCCUUGUGUCUUAUCAAGUACAAUAUGUGUGUGUGUAUAAUCAAAGAAACAUUACUGGUGAGGGUUGAUGAGGGUUCAUGUUACUCAAGAAGUUUCCGGAGAAAGUUAGCUUCCACAAAUUAUAAAAUGAGAUAAAUUUUUUUUCAGUGUUUGUCUUGUUCCUCUAUAAAAUCAUAUACAACUGUGGUUGUUUGGCCCCACCCCCUGUGGUUUAUCUCCCCUCGUGUGUUUUGAUGGCUUUACUUUAUGUCAAAAGCAGGAAAAGAUUAUAAAACCAUUUCUAGCCUCCAUAAGGCAGACACUCGUAAAACGAACCUAUUUUUGACAGAUAGGAUGGGAAGAGACAGAUUAGGGCACAUAGGACACAAUAAAUUGUGUAAAUAUCCUAAAUAAAAACCCAGCCUAUGUAAUGUGAUAUUAACUCCAGUACAGAGCGCAUGUAAACACACCCACUGCAAACAUAACAAACAUCAUUAGGAAACUGACAGGGGUGUGGGAGCCCAGGUGUGUGAGGCUUUAGAAGCAAGUGAUUGAAUGAAAGCGCUUGUACUUACCUUCACAUAGAGUUAUAUCGAUGCAGAGAGAACGGCAGGAUGGGGAUCUGCUUAGGGUUUAAAUGCUUGAGAAACUUGACAUGUUUACAGAAACAGUAAAAAAAAAUUAACUAAUAAUCUCACUGCGUAACGAGGUUUAUUCUUAACGCACUAUAUACACUUUAUCUUAUGUGACUGCUACAGUAUAAUGUGUAUGGCAAAUAUUAAUGUGAUUCUAUAGAAAUCUAUAUUUUUGGUUUUGACUUAAUCUUUGGUAACCGUUCAUGGUUGUGCAUUGAUUAUUUAUCUUUUGUGUAUUGUUACCAUCAUGUCAUGUACAGGUCGAUCAGGGGAGACAAUGCAAUAUAGUGUAUUAUAGUAUGAAUAAAAGCAUGAUAACUCAAUAA